AGAAGGGCAUGCAAUGAGGCAAUCCACAUAGAGUGUAGAGUAGAUCCCUACGAAUACUAAUAUUAACAGUGUAAUACCUGUGGGCGCGGGGGAUACACAAUAGUGGUACCAAAAUUCACGUGGAAUUUGGUAGAGCCUAUGUCUAUGUAUGUUGUAUGUUGGGAAGGGAGAGUGAGCGAGUGAGAGUGAGAGGGUAUUAGCGAUCCCCAAUGUGGAAGGCACCACUAACCAAGAUAGCUUUACCUAUGCCUUAGCCCUUAGCACUUCACUUUCCGGCAACUCAUCUUCGCCGCCGCCGGUCAUAACAAUGCAAGAGGGCCUCUUAACUCUCUCUCACCAAGACAUUCAUCUAAACCCUAACAACUCUGCUACUCCAAAGAAGAAAAAAUCGCAGCAGCACUCACACACACUCACAACAACCGACAACCUUCUUCUCCCUUCAGCCUGCAUACAACCUGCUCGGACACGAUCCCAACCGGCCUCUCGCCGAGUCUCUCCCUCCUCCUCCUCCGCCGCCGACGACUCCCCUACCCCCGCCGCCAGAGAGAAGACACUUCCCAACGGCGACAUCUACAUCGGCACCCUGUCUGGGAACGCUCCUCAUGGCGCCGGAAAGUACCUAUGGUCCGAUGGCUGCAUGUACGAGGGAGAGUGGCGGAGAGGCAAGGCCUGCGGCAAAGGAAGGUUCUCGUGGCCCUCCGGCGCCACCUACGAGGGAGACUUCAAGUCCGGUCGGAUCGAUGGCUUCGGCUCCUUCAUUGGAGUCGACGGCGACAUGUACCGCGGAUCAUGGGUCGCCGACAGAAAGCACGGCUUCGGUGAGAAACGCUACGGCAACGGAGACGUGUACCAAGGUUGGUGGAAGUGCAACUUGCAGGACGGCGAGGGAAGGUACGUGUGGAGGAACGGAAAUGAGUAUAUCGGAGAGUGGAAGAACGGUGUCAUUUCGGGGAAAGGUAUUUUGGUUUGGGCGAAUGGGAACCGCUACGAAGGUUUCUGGGAAGAAGGAGUGCCCAAAGGGAAGGGUGUGUUCACUUGGGGCGAUGGAAGCGGAAGAAGCUGUGCCGGUAACUGGGGGAAGGAGUUUGUCAAUGAAGAAGGGAAGAAGAGCGUGCGCUGUUCGGUCGAUGGUGGCAGAAGGAGCGUCAGUUUUCCCAGGAUUUGCAUUUGGGAGCUUGAUGGUGAAGCUGGUGACAUUACCUGUGACAUUGUUGAUAAUGCCGAAGCUUCUAUGUUUUACAGGGACGGCAGCGAGUCUGAGAAUGGUGGAGAGAGUAGUAGCUGCGGGGUUUCUUCUCAGAAGAGUCCUUGUUGGUCUCUUGAUGGUGAUUUCAAGAAACCAGGUCAAACUGUGUCCAAGGGGCACAAGAACUAUGAUUUGAUGGUUAAUCUUCAACUUGGUAUCAGGUACACUGUUGGAAAGUAUACCCCCAUCGUGCGAGAUCUCCGGCCAGGGGAUUUCGAUCCGAACGAGAAAUUCUGGACGAGAUUCCCGCCGGAAGGGUCCAAGGUUACGCCUCGGCAUCAGUCAAUGGACUUCAGGUGGAAAGACUAUUGUCCCAUGGUGUUCAGACAUCUAAGGGAAUUAUUUGCCAUAGAUCCUGCGGACUACAUGCUUGCCAUUUGCGGAAGUGACACACUCAGAGAGAUGUCUUCUCCUGGCAAAAGUGGAAGCUUGUUUUAUCUCACUCAAGAUGACAGAUUCAUAAUCAAGACCGUCAAGAAAUCUGAGGUCAAGGUUCUCAUUAGGAUGCUUCCAAGUUACUAUCAGCAUGUUUGUCAGUACAAGAACUCCCUGGUAACAGCAUUCCUUGGGGUACAUUGUGUCAAGCCUGUUGGGGGUCAAAAGACUCGGUUCAUCGUAAUGGGAAAUGUAUUUUGUUCGGAGUAUCGCAUCCAUAAGAGGUUUGACCUCAAAGGUUCUUCUUAUGGCCGGAUAACAGAUAAGCCCCAGGAGGAGAUUGACGAGACUACCACUCUCAAGGACCUUGAUCUCAAUUUUGUCUUUCGCCUAGAACAGUCGUGGUUUCAAGAGCUUAAAUGGCAACUUGAUAGAGACACUGAGUUCCUGGAAGCAGAGGGGAUCAUGGAUUACAGUCUUCUCAUUGGCGUUCAUUUUCGUGAUGAUUGCUCAUUUGAUGAAUUGAAAACCUCACCAGAUGAUUUGAGGGGAGCCGGCAAGAGAGAUGCCCAUGAUGAUGAGGUGCUCAUAUGCAGGGGACCUCUAAUCCGGCUUGGAAUGAACAUGCCUGCAAGAGCUGAGAGAGUGUGUAAGGGUGGUGGAUUGGAUCAGUUGGUGGUGGCAGGUAGUGGUGGUGGGAGUAGUAGCAACUCAACUCCUUCAGAGAGUAGCAGUGAGAUCUCUGAUGUAAUCCUCUACUUUGGUAUCAUUGACAUUUUACAAGACUAUGAUAUUAGCAAAAAGCUAGAGCAUGCAUACAAGUCACUGCAAGUGGAUCCCACUUCCAUCUCAGCCGUUGAUCCUAAGCUAUACUCCAAAAGGUUCAGGGAUUUCAUACACAGAAUCUUUGUAGAGGACACAUGAUAUGCUUGGGGGAAUAAGACCACUGGAAAAACCAUGAGCAUUCCUUGUAAAAAUGGUUGCUUGUCUAAGUUGGAAUUGGAGGCCCUGCAACAUUCUUGGUGGGAAAAUUUUUCUCAUAGCCAUUGCAAAAUACAAUGGUUGAAAUAGAUGGCGGGAGAAAACUUCCACAACA